AUGACUCCAGGCGGCGGCGUCAAUGUCACCACGAAUCGUACUCAGUGGCCCGUUGACGGUGGUGCUAUCCUCUUCACGCCCACUCACCAUUGGGCUUUGACCUAUGUCAACCUCGGCUUGGGAGAUGAUGACUCUAUCAUCUUCAAUAACACACUCGUCCCUGGCUUCAACCAGACUGGAAACGGCACCUUUUGUUUCCCGAAGAUCUCCAUUCCAGCAGGUCUAGGUAUCAAAGACGGCACAAACGCAAGCCUGCAAAUUGUCCAGGCGUCAGCGGGGGGUGCAGCGCUGUACAAUUGCAUGGAUAUCACAUUCUCCAGUUCACCUAAAAACCUCCUCGCCCAGGGUAUGUGCGUCAACUCUACCGGAGUUGGUGGCGUGGCUAUCACUUCAGCGCCCACUUCUGGAGAGGGAAUGCCAUCCAGUGGGGGUGCCAUCUCCAGCGCAGGCGCUGCUAGCAUGGGGGCUACUGCCUUGCUUGCCUUUGCUGUUGCUAGCUUGCUCAUUUAA